AGAAUCUGUGGAUAUUAUAAUAGAAGAAAAUGGUCAAUUAAGGGAAAUUGCAGUUUCUGGCGAAAUUCUGGGCUGGGAUUAUCAUUUCUCGCAGAGGAAAACGCCAAGAAAUUUGUUUAAGCAACCAUUUAUAGCAUUCGUCUAGCUGUUCUAUCCAAUUUGAAUUUUUUCACCAACUCUAAAAACCAUCCACCAUUCCAGCUCAAUCUCUCCGUUACUUCACCAUUCACCAAUUCAUCAAACUUCUAUAAGAAUUCUAGUCCGUGUGUUCUCGCUACCCAUCUCAAUUCUCAUCCCUCCCUCCCUCAAUUUUCCUCCAAACGCUCUCUUGGUGCGAGAAAAUGCGUGAAAUUCUUCAUAUUCAAGGAGGUCAAUGUGGCAACCAAAUCGGAGCGAAGUUCUGGGAGGUGGUUUGCGCCGAGCAUGGCAUUGAUGCUACCGGUAAAUACAAUGGGGAUUCUGAACUCCAGCUUGAAAGGCUCAAUGUUUAUUACAAUGAAGCAAGUGGUGGCAGGUAUGUGCCAAGGGCUGUCCUUAUGGAUCUUGAGCCUGGAACCAUGGAUAGUGUCAGGACAGGCCCCUAUGGUCAGAUUUUUAGACCUGAUAAUUUUGUUUUUGGUCAAUCUGGUGCCGGAAACAACUGGGCUAAGGGCCAUUAUACUGAGGGUGCUGAAUUGAUCGACUCUGUGCUUGAUGUUGUUCGCAAAGAAGCAGAGAAUUGUGAUUGCUUGCAGGGAUUUCAGGUUUGCCAUUCUCUAGGAGGAGGAACCGGGUCUGGCAUGGGUACUCUUUUGAUCUCCAAAAUCAGAGAGGAAUUCCCAGAUAGAAUGAUGCUUACUUUCUCUGUUUUCCCAUCUCCUAAGGUCUCUGAUACAGUCGUUGAGCCUUAUAAUGCGACUCUUUCUGUCCAUCAGCUUGUUGAAAAUGCAGAUGAAUGCAUGGUCCUCGAUAAUGAAGCUCUCUAUGAUAUCUGCUUCCGUACACUUAAGCUCACCACUCCAAGCUUUGGUGAUUUGAACCAUUUGAUUUCUGCUACCAUGUCUGGAGUCACAUGCUGCUUGAGAUUCCCAGGCCAGCUUAACUCUGAUCUGAGAAAGCUUGCUGUCAAUCUCAUCCCCUUCCCCCGGCUCCAUUUCUUCAUGGUAGGUUUUGCUCCUCUCACCUCGCGUGGCUCUCAGCAAUACAGAGCCCUAACCGUGCCAGAACUCAGCCAGCAAAUGUGGGAUGCAAAGAACAUGAUGUGUGCAGCAGAUCCACGCCAUGGCCGUUACUUGACAGCCUCAGCCAUGUUCAGGGGCAAAAUGAGCACCAAGGAAGUUGAUGAACAGAUGAUCGCUGUUCAAAACAAAAAUUCUUCAUACUUUGUAGAAUGGAUUCCAAACAAUGUGAAAUCAACUGUUUGUGAUAUCCCUCCAACAGGCCUGAAAAUGGCAUCCACAUUCAUUGGUAACUCAACAUCAAUUCAGGAAAUGUUCCGCCGUGUGAGUGAGCAGUUCACAGCCAUGUUCAGGAGGAAGGCUUUCUUGCACUGGUACACUGGGGAAGGUAUGGAUGAGAUGGAAUUCACAGAGGCAGAGAGCAACAUGAAUGAUUUGGUCUCUGAGUAUCAGCAAUACCAAGAUGCCACAGCUUAUGAGGACUAUGAAGAGGAAGAAGAGGAAAUUCAUGAUAUGUGAUUCAGAUCAUAUCAUGUUUGAUGGGUUUGGAUUGAUGGGUCUGUGGUUUUGGAUGUGUAAGUAGUGCAACUUCAUUUACCAGUUUCUUGCAACAGAAUAGGUAAUGUAAGCUGCACUACCGCACUGUCGUCUGGUUUUCGUUGUCUUGGACUUUGGAGAUAAGGGAUUCGAAACAAGCUUAUGUGUGGGUUAGAGAUAUGCGCUAAUCAAGCUGUGCUCUCUCUCGGAUCAACUAUUGUUUGAACUGGAAAAAGAGCCAGUAUUCCCUUGUAUAUCAAACUGAAACACAAAUAAAAUGCUAUAUUGAGAAAAUAAACGUAUAUUGGUAAGCAUUUCAUGUUUU